AUGGGUGUGCCAGGCUCUUCCUGCCCUGCCCGGGCCUUCUUGGCGGGGCUCACCGCAGCAUCCCCGCUCUCCUCCACCUCGCCGGCGCCGGGGGAGGAGAAGGGCCAUCACUGCCAGCCUCCAGGAGCCCUGUGGUCAUUCACUCACCAGAUUCUCUCUCUUUUCCCAGGAUCCUAUCUGUCAGAACACAGCGGAGUGUGUACACCAUGCACUGAAAAAGAGGGUUUCACCCGUAGUCCCAACCGCCUCUCUUCUUGCCUCCCCUGCUCUAACUGCCCUGCAGAUAAAGUACAAAUAGCUGCAUGCACCAGGACGAGUGACACCCAGUGUCAGUGCAAGGAGGGCUGGUACCAGGAUAAGGAUUCUCCUGAGUACUGCCAACCGUGCAGCCCAAGGUGCCCUAAUGGCAAGGUCAAGGCCAGGGACUGUGGCCCCUUCAACGACCUCGAGUGUGUGGACCAAGAAUCAGGCACACCAUGGUGGGUGAUCCUACUUGCCUGCAUCUUUGGGCUUGGAGUCCUUGCCCUGCUGGUUACAUUUGUAUAUUGUUGGUGCAGGAGCCGUAACCUUACAGGUUCUAGAGCGGCCACCAAGAGCAGGAGCAGGGGCUGGUUUGGUUGCUUACGAACCCCAGGAGAGGCCGAGGCUCUGGACAAUGCCCGCAACCUGGCCAAGAGCGACAGAGACUCAUUGUCCUCUGAGCAGGAACAGGAAGAGCUGGCAGGUGGCCUGGUGCAGCCCGCAGGAGAAGCACAGCUUCUACUGGGACCGAUAGGCACUGACGAGUCUCAGAUGAGAAGAAAGCUGCUGGUUCCAGCGAACAACGAGAACCCCAUAGAAACCCUGAAGGAGUGCUUCUAUGAGUUCUCAAGGAUCGUGCCCUUUACUCGCUGGGAGCCGUUCAUGGGGUUGGCGGGCCUCACGGAAAAUGAUAUCUCCAUAGCCAAAGCACAAGUGUUGAACCCGCGGGAUGCCUUGUAUCACAUGCUGAUCACCUGGGUCAACAUCAAGGGGAAGGCUGCCUCAGUCAACACCCUACUGGACAGCUUGGACAAGCUGGGGGAAACGAAAGCAAAGGAGGAGAUGCAGGACUUCCUGCUGGAGUCCGGAAAGUAUAUCUAUGAAGUGGGUGAAGCAGGUUCUGCUGUUUCCCAGUGAAAAGAAUCUCUUUUGGAGACCAAAGCUUUCCUAGUUUACCUUUUCUCCUGAAAGGAAAAUAAGACUGGAUACUACAUGGCUGGCCAGUGCGGCUCAGUGGUUGAGCAUCAACCUGUGAAUCAGAAGGUCAUGGGUUCUAUUCCCUGUCAGGGCACAUGCCCAGGUUGCAGGCUGGAUCCCCAGCAGGGGGUGUGUGGGAGGCAGCUGCUUGAUGAUUCUCUCUUACAUUGAUGUUUCUAUCCCUCUCCCUCUCCCUUCCUCUCUGAAAUCAAUACGCUUGGAGAAAUUUCUCUUCAAAUUGGUUCAUAGGCCAAUGCUCAACCUCUGAGCCACACCAGCCAGGCCUGGCACUUUUUCAUUCUAAUAGACUUCUACGUUUUACUUGUUAUUUAAUGUUUUGUAUAAUCCAUCUGUGUUGUUAUGUGUCCAGGUAUUUAUGUCUAACUGUGAUAGGGCUCUUUUUAUUUUUAUAGUUGAAAGUUCGUUCUUGUAUUAUUAUUGUUUAUUAUUGUAUUAUUUUCUGUAAACUUAUUUUUGCCCCACCCUGUAUAUAUUUGUAUAUUUAUGGAAAACUUUUUGGAAAUGUAUUUACUAGGUUGAUCACAUGUGUUACUUAAAUGAGAGAAGUUAACAAAAUUGCAAAGGAAUCACCGCACCUCUGCGGGUGGUGCUAGUGAGUCCCAGCUCCCUCAGGUGCAGUUUGAGCUUGUCCAGCAUUAGGGGACCGGCCACUUUUACCGCAGGGGUGGGGAAUGUCUGGCCCUCGGGCCCUGUAAGGCCGACAACCAUUUGGUCUGGCCCUGCCAAGGCAACCACACGUGGAACUUGAAAUUCAGGAAAUCUAGUUUUUUUCAUAGCAAUAUAAAUUUAUAUUAAGUGAAUCAUAAUAAUAAUGUAAAUUUUGAGGGACAAGCAAGAAUGUCCAUUACGGGACGUUCAUAAAAUAUACUUUAAGUACACUGCAAAGGUUCUAGAACAUUUUAAGUGCUAUAGGCAUUUGGAUGAUAGAACUUCCUCAAGUACUGGCAGCUUUGUCCAGGGCAGUAUCCAGUACAUGACGGUAUUGAGGUGACUCCAAGGACAGUCAGCUCCAGGCCGCCUGGGAGUGUACAGGCUGUGAAAGUGUUAACACACUGUGGCAAAACUACUGCGAUCCCGUGAUGAUGAGACGAGGUGCGAUGAGAUGAUUCCUCGCGACGUGGAUGACCUUGCCUCCAGUAAUUGACAACGAUGUUGUCGACUUCUCUGCUGACACACAUGGUAACUCCAAUCCACCCUUUAUCCACACGUCCACGAUCAACAAUUCUCAAAAAACCUGAAUCUCAGGUAAAGAUUAAGGACAUUAUGGUACAAAGAAAAGACCUCUAGAGCCGAUGAUACAAAUGUUGGAUAUGUUUCAAAUCCAAGAUGCAAGAUUAGAACAGCGAUCAAAGCAAAAUAAUUGCGUUGCUGGUGACACACCCACUGGAUAGUUAUUAAAACUUAAGGGUGUGACACCCUACAAAUGGCGACUACAAAGAAAAGAAAAGUUAAUGCAGAAUGUCAGUCUUUCCAAGAGAAAUGGACAAACGAUUAUUUUUUGUUGUUGAAGUAAAAGGCAAACUCGUGUGCGUUAGCAGUAAUGACAGCCAAUCUGGAGCGUCAUUAUAGCUCAAAACAUGCUAAACUCGCCCUAGCUGGUUUGGCUCAGCGCAUAGAGCGUCGGCCCUCGGAUUGAAGGGUCCCAGUUUGAUUCCAGUCAAGGGCACAUACCUCGGUUGCAGGCACCAUCCCUAACCCUGGUCAAGGCCAGUGCGGAAGCGGCAACCAAUGUGUCUCUCUCACUUCGAUGUUUUUCUCUCUCUAAAAAACCAAAGCAAAAAACAUGCUAAACUCAAUGAGUUGGGAGGCCAAAUGCAUCUGGAUAAAAUCAAUGCUCAGGAUAAAAUCAAUGAAGUGCAGACGGGCCUCAGCCAAUCUGAAGAGCCGGUUGGGUGGGGGUCCGAGGCAUCGUAUACCGCUCCCCCCCACCCCCCAUCUAUAGGUCUCAGAAUUCCUCUGGUGACUAUUUUGGUGCAGAUUCAUUCCCAAGGCCCCUUUUCACUUGGUUGGGGCCUUCCCAGAAUUCAUGAGCAGCACCUGGCAACUUGAUCUUGCCCAGCCUUGAGACUGCUGGCUUCUCUGCUCAGGGAGUAAAACUCCCCUUUUUUCUUUCCUCUUCCCCCCUCCCUUUCUGCAUUCUCUGGUUAGGGAAGGUUUUUUAACCAUUUGCUCUCCUGUCCUUGGCUGGGGAAGAUAAUGGCUUGUUAGUUACAAGCUGCAAAUUGCCCACACUGUUCGGCCUUGUUUUAACUUUCCUGUCUCAGUUUCCCUAUUCCUCUGCCCUGGAAUCCUGUAACAGUUCUUUUCAAAACUUACCAUCGCCCAGAGUCGACUGCACUCCAGACUGACCGACGGAAACCUGAAAAAGCAGUUGCGAGUAGUAACAUCAUCAAUACCAGCUACACACCUCACCAAAUACACCACACACCUCACCAAAGAGAAGCAGGGAGCUUAGUUAAAUGAUCAAAUAUAGCAGGCUAAUUUUUAGGUUGAUAAUUUUGUAUGGCUCACAAAUGAUGUUAUAAAUAUCCACAUGGCCCUUGGCAGUAAAAGGUUCCCCACCCCUGCUCCACAGGGACCACUCUUCCAUGUGAUUGUUGUGUUUGAAUAUUUAUAGAUGGAUUUUAACAAGUGAGAAGUGGUGCUGCCCUGUGUCGGCUGCUCCCGGCCUGGGCAUCCCAUGCCUGUGUCUCCUUUCCCUCAUCUUUGGAUGUGUGUGAGGAGGGUGGGAGAUGUGCGAGGUACCUUCUAGGUCAUGUGCCACUUCCAGUCAUACUGGUGACAUUCAGCCCUAGCUGGCUCUGGGGCUGAACGUCAGGGGUCAGGGUUCUGCUCCCGCUGUCUGCCCUGGUGCUAAUAUUUGAUAACUUAGCAUUAACAGGGCUGUCUCCCUCCUCCCUCCUCCUAUUUGGUUAUUUAUUCAGGCCUUUAUUAGUCUGUAAACAUGAACUGCACCUGUAAUUUCAUCCUUGGUGCUAUGAGACAGGCCAGGUACUUCCUGCCUUUGCUGUACUGUGAGGACGCUCUGCCCUCGCGUCGUCAGAUGCUGUGAAUGACUUUUCCAGUCAGGUUCCAGCUUGGUUGUCUCUUUCUUAGUUGCCUGGUUGUCCUGUUUAUUUCUUUAAAAGGUCAUGAAACCAUGAAGUUGUCAUUUUGUUUCAUGUCCGGUUUACAUAGCACCUCGCACUUAAUAGGCACUCAGUGUUUCCUUAGUGAUUGGGUAUUUUUUCAUGCUUCUCUCCAGUGAAAAGUGCACCUUUGAAGUUUGUUGGAAAUAUCAAUAACAAUACAAGGAAAGCCAUUAAGUACAAAAUAUUCAUGUAUUUAU